AUGAGGGGGAAUGCGCCGUAUGAUACGGCGGUGCAGGGGCGGGAAAUUUGGGGAUCGUGUUUCUACGUUUCGUGUGCGGGCGGCGACAAGGGUCUUCGAAAAACCGGUCGAGAGUAUCUAAGCUAUUCUACACAGGCCACGGCUACAUGUAUGUCAUUCGGUAGCGAGCGAGUCCUCCUCUGCCUUGAGUCUCUCGAUGCGGAUAUCGUCAUCGGAGAUAUUCCAAAAGUCAGGCUCCGGGAAGCGGACGGCGCCAAUCUCCGGCGCGGCAUCGUCCAACGGCGUGGCCCAGUCCGGGCGCGCGCUGCCGGUCGGCGAGUAGCCCUCAGCGCUGCUCUCCGCGCGCUCGGCGUCCUCCUUCGGGCUCUCGUCGCGGGUCUCUCGCAGCGGGGGGUGGCCCUCCCCAGGCGGGCCCUUCCGAGGAUGGUCUGCGGGCGGGUGCCUCCGGGGCGGGGCGGCAUCCGUCUCGCGCGGCGGGACAGCGUCCAAGCCCAGGCUCUCCGGGCCGGAGUGCGACGAGUCUGA